UUGCGAAAGGACUACAGUUCCCUAAAAACAUUGUAUCCGGUUUGAGUGUUCAGCGAUUUGAGAACCAGAAGCUUUGAGCACAAGUUACUCGAAAAAGGAUUAGCAACAUAGCUAGAUUGUUCUUUGACUGUUGGAAACAUAUAGCUUGCCACAUUUAAAGACUAUCCAACGGGGCAUCUGAUCUGACAGAGCUGUCCUGACCCCCCCUGAUCCCUGCCCUGACCCCAGCCAUGGCAAUUCUGUUUGCGGUGGUGGCCCGUGGCACCACCAUACUUGCCAAACAUGCCUGGUGCGGUGGAAACUUCCUGGAAGUUACUGAGCAGAUCCUGGCCAAGAUACCUUCGGAGAACAACAAACUCACCUACAGUCACGGCAGCUAUCUCUUCCACUAUAUCUGCCAUGAUAGAAUCAUCUAUCUUUGCAUCACUGAUGAUGACUUUGAGAGGUCUCGUGCGUUCAGCUUCCUGAGUGAGGUGAAGAAGCGCUUCCAGACAACGUAUGGAUCACGAGCACAGACCGCGCUGCCUUACGCCAUGAACAGCGAGUUCUCGUCCACUCUGGCCGCUCAGAUGAAGCACCACUCAGACUCUCGAGGUUCUGACCGUGUGACUGAGACUCAAAUGCAGGUGGACGACCUGAAAGGCAUUAUGGUCCGCAACAUUGACCUUGUAGCUCAGAGGGGAGAGAAGCUGGAGUUGCUUAUUGACAAGACAGAAAAUCUGGUGGAUUCAUCGGUUACCUUCAAGACUACUAGCCGUAACUUGGCAAGAGCCAUGUGUAUGAAAAACCUCAAGCUGACUGUCAUUGUAGUACUAGUGUGCCUGGUGCUCCUCUACAUCAUAGUCUCUGCCUCCUGUGGGGGUCUCAGUUGGCCCAGCUGUGUGAAGAAAUGAGAGACCAAGAGGAAGAGAUGGAAAGAGGGAAAUGGAAAAGAGGAAGAGAGGCAGAAGCCCCCAUUUUAACUCUCCAGCACUCCCCACUCUGGCAGUGGACUCAAAGGGAAACAUACCACUCUCCUCCUCUCUGCUGUCCUCUUCCAGCCUCCACACCCCCGGAACCUUCGUCUUCCUCUUCCUGCCUCCCCCUGUCCAAUCUUUCUCCUGCUCCUCACCAAGGAGGCCAAUGGUUAUGCCAUAACUCUCUCCACUGGAGGAGGGCUCCCCGCCCCCCUCCCCAUACCUUAAAGACUGCAGCUAUCUGGUCUGUGUGCAACACCCGUCUUCUCUGGUACUGUUCUGGUGUUGGUCUGAUUCACCCACCCGGACCCAUGAUUUAAUGUACACCAGAUCUGAUUUAUAACUUGUCUGACACAUUAACCCUCAGAGACAAAAUUACCGUUGCUUUAUAGCAUAAUGAGCCAUUCAACUAUAACAAAUACUGUAUGAACAAUGGGAUAGUCAGGCUUUUACUUUUGGGCAGGUUCUGUCAGACUGAAGAGGCUGGGGUACAUGUCGUGCUUUAGAAACGAGUGAGUAUGAUGAUACAUAAUGCUGUAAAUACGACAGAGUGAUGUGGUGUCAUUUCCUGUCCAGGUGAAGGUCAAGGCCCUGCAGUCUGACAGUUACAAUAGCGUGUUCUCCUAAUUUAACCACUAUAGACGGCCUAUGAAGUAUCUAGCUACUACAGUAGGUUUCCCCUCAGCUGCAUGGCUCUGCCACUAACCCUACUGGUCAGUGUGUUUAAUGUCAAAUGUUUCUAAUGGAAUUGCAACCAGAUGUCUCCCCAGUUUUUCCUGAAACAGCUUCUGUGAUGUCCUGUCUGUUUUGUCAUGGUCAAGGCACAGUUACAGAUGUCUAUAUCUCUCUAUCAUUAUAAUAUGAAAAAGGUUUAUUGCACAAAAGAAUAAGAUGAUGGUUACUGCAUAGAUAUUUCACUUUAAAAACAAUUUAUAGACUGAGUUGUUCCAAUCUCAGUAAGCCAAACCUUAGCUUUUCUCCUGCACUCUAAUCGGGUGCUCAACAUGUCCAUCUGUCUUUUUUCAACAAUGCACUUUUGACAUUGUAUGUUUGCUUCCUGCCAUCAUAUGGUUUAUUAUCAUGUAAUUAUUAAAUUAUUGUACAUCCAGAUUUGAAAUAAUAAAAUAUUAGAAUAUA